UCCCUCGGGCACCUCCCUACCCACCCGGGAGUGUGUCACGGUGUGCCAGUGAGAUUGUACUGCGUGUCGGGAAAUUGAUAAGAAAAACUUCGUUUGACAGACCUUAAAACUUCCAUUUCGAAGGCCGACCAUUCGACGAGAUCGUCUGACGCAUUGGCGUGUUUGCUGACCAACUUCUGACGGCUGCAAGGCGACGGAGAGUGACAUGUCAGCAUCGGAGGCGACAGGGAACCCUCAAGGGGUGCAAUAUGUCUUGGACAUUCUUCAUAAAAGGCAAAGAGACUUGGAAUCUCAAAACUGGAUCGCAGCCGAGGUAGGCCGGCACCUUCAGCACCGCCUUCAGGAGAGCCACCCCUUCCUGCGCGAGGCCGAGUGGCAGCUCGUGGGCAGCGCCUCCGAGCACCUCAGUGUGUCCGAGGCUGACGACAUGGACCUCAUCUUCACUCUUGGACCUCCGUACACGCCGCAGUUCUUCUCGGCUGUGUACAUGGGCUCUGGACAGUACCAGUUAAAGUGGAACAAAUGCUUUUGGAAUGGCCACCGUCCUCCACACCUGACUUCUAAUAACUACCUUGUAGUCACUUCCCUAAGGAAACAGGCAUAUGACUGCAUAAAUUCAGUUCUGAAGAAUGCCCAUAUCUCAAGAAUGAAGGUAAUAAAGGUGAUGUUGUGGAAACAGGCAGUACGUGUGGUGCUGAGAAAUGCAUCAACCACAAAAAAACAUGUUGUAGAUGUCAUAUUACAAAUAGGAGGGAGCCAGUGGAACAAUAUGCAAGGAUUGACGAAAUGGGGGAAUCUACCUCCGCAGUUACAAGAUGUGAUCACUUCUUUGGAAACAACAGGCCAACCAUCAGUCUCCUUUGGCCUUCAUGGCCCAGCGGGGACUUCUAGCCUUACUGUUACUACCAGUUAUUCUGCUCUUGAAAGAGAGUUUUUCUUGGAGCAUGACAAUGUUCGAGAUGCUGUACUGUUAGCCAAAAUUAUUAUCUCAGGCCAUAACUGGAAGAACAAAUUUGGACUCAAGAGCGCCCAUGUCAAGAGAAUUGCCAUGAAGCACUUCAUGGUCCUCAGACACUGUUUACCAUGGCCUGCAAUGAAGCUGUUACUGCAGGUGAUGGUAGACCAGCUUCAGAGAGGUGGUUUAGAGGGCUACCCAGACUUGGAAUCAGACCUCUUCUGGCAGAAGACUGAAGAACAAUGCCAAUAUAUAGCUAAAGUUGUGCAAAAUGUUAUGCUUACACUUGUUCCAAAUUACCUGGCCAAUUACUUGUAAUUUUUCAUACAUAAAAAGUGCUUAGGCUGUGAGAAGACUCCAUAUUUUACAGUUAAUAGAAAAAAAAAGUUGAGUUUAUUGUUUAGUAAUUGAAAAUAUGGAAUAUCUAGUUGUUCAGGAUUUAAUAAACUUUGCAAUUGUUGCAGAUGCUUUGUUUUCAAUAAUUUAAGGGAAUAUGCUUCUUCUCUGUUAGUAUUUGAAAGGUUAAUUCUAAAUCAUCAUAGUUGUCCCAUAAACUAUAUAAUCAUUUCAUCAUUCUAUAAGAGUGCUAAAUUCCUGUACUCAUCUCAGAAGUGGGUAAAAGGUCAAGUCAAGCAUCUUUGUGCCACAAAACACUAGGUGUUGCAUCCAGAAUAAUAUGCUGAAGUCAAGAGUUAUCCUAAAUAUAAUUUUGUGUAAUGCAGAAUUUUGUGUUUUUUUAUUAAUAAUACAUGAUUAGAGCAUCAGUUCCCUGAAAAUAAAAGAAAUUUAAUUUUUCAAUAAAAUAUUAUCUUCUGAUA